GGCCUAACCCGUGGUCAAUUUACCGGCUAGCAAGAUUAGCCAUAAGAGAUGGAUAAGUGAAAGGGAACAUUCGGGAGAAUGGCAGUGGCCACAUGGAAUGAAUGGGGACCGCGAGGAUAGUUGGCGAGGGCGAGAAGAUGUUAUAUACCUAUAUAUAUCCCUUGGAACUCGCCCACCGGACUUCACAGGGAGUUUUGUAGAAGAGAAGAAAAUAGUUGCAACUUACACGCCAAGGGAGAGAUAAAGAAAAGAAAAGAAAAAGGAAAAAUGAAGGUCCUCGCAACACUGUCAACUCUGGUUGCGCUUGGCAGCUGCCAAGGCAUCACCAAAGUCGGUGACUUCACCGGCGGUCCCACGAACCUAGGCAUGUACGUCUACGUGCCGAAGACCCUCAAGACGCCGGCGCCCAUCAUCGUCGGAGUGCACCACUGCCAAGGGUCCGCUCAGGGAUACUCCACCGAGACUCACUACCAGCCGUUGGCCGACACCCACGGCUUCAUCCUCAUCUACCCCAACUCCAAGUCUGGCGGCGGCUGCUUCGAUGUUGCUUCUGAGGCUACUCUCAAACAUAACGGCGGCGGCGACAGCCAGACCAUCGCCAACAUGGUAAAAUACGCCAUCGACAAGUACGGCGGCGACCCAGAGCGCGUGUUCACGACGGGCACCUCCUCGGGCGCAAUGAUGACCAACGUGCUCGUCGGCGCCUACCCGGACGUCUUCAAGGCCGGCUCCGUCUACUCCGGCGUCCCCGACGGCUGCUUCGCCGUGCCCGGGUCCACCGCCACCCAGGACCCGCCCGGAUGGAACAACCAGUGCGCGAACGGGCAGAGCACGAAGACGGCUGCGCAGUGGGGAGACCUCACGCGCUCGUACUUCCCUGACUACACGGGCCCGAGGCCCAGGAUGCAGAUUUGGCACGGCACGGCGGACGGCACGCUGCGGUACCCUAACUGUGAGUUCCCCCUUACCCAACCCCCUAUUAUUAUAGACCAGGAACAGAUGAAGCAAUGGUCCAACGUGCUCAACCUGACCACGUCCAAGGACACGCCCAACACGCCGCAGAGCGGGUACACGCAGACGAUCUACGGCGAGGGCGACGCCACCACCGCGCAGCUCGUGGGCUACAGCGCCAACGGCGUCGGCCACAGCGUGCCGGUGCACGAGGAUGUCGAUCUGAAGUUCUUUGGCAUUGCGUAA